UCCUCGCCAAGUUAGAAGCCGAUGAGAUCCAUCUCGUCAGUUGCGCGGCGGACAGCGUUCAGUGUGUUGCGCUUCGCGAGUGAUGCACCUGCAUUAGGUGAUUGCUAACUUUAUUUCCUAUCUUCUCAAUCUAUCUAUCUAUCUAUCUCUAUCUAUCUAUCUUUAUCUCUGUUUAUUUUAAUUUAACGAUUAAUUUUAACUCGUCGAUAUACGAUGUGACUGUUUUCCGCGACAAGUUUAUUUUCAAAUUUGAAAAUAAUAUCAGAGAAAAGAUUAAUUGGAAAAUUUAUCGAGAUAAUAAAAAGUUGAUAAAAGAAUAAGAAGAAUAAGAAGAAGUAAGGAGAAAAUAAAAAUGUUUAUAAUGGUGUAUGUGAAAGAUUAUUUCGUUGGACCGUUAUUAAAUAGAAAAGAGGGACAAGAAUAAAGCUACGUUGGCAGCUUAGUAGUGUAGAAAAAAUAUAGUUUAUAAAAUAGAAAAGAAGAGGAAGAAGAAGAAGAAAGAAAAAAAAAGGGAAAAAAAGAGAAAAGAUAGAGAAAAAUCUCUAUUAUAAAAGAGUAGGUGGAUGAUGUGAUACUACUAACAAAGGGAGAAGAAGAACAAGAAGCAUAGGGAUCGUUCGUUAGUUCCGAUCGAGCAAGAACUCUUUUUAUCGUGUGUUUUUCUUCUUGUUAUUUUUUUUUUUUUCCUUCCGCGCGUGAUUUUACAACGACGACGCGCCGGUUGGGAAGCAAGCAGCGAAUGGAUCGGUUGCGGUGAGGAGGAGGAGGAGGAGGUGAAGGAGAAGGAGGAGGAGGAGGAGAAGAAGGAGGUGGAGGAGAUUGGUGACCCACGGGAGGAAUAGUAGCUAGCUAGCUAGCUAACUAGCACUCUCUCUUUUUCUCUUCUCCCGUUCAUUUUCUUUGAAUACUUGAGAUAGAAUAAGAGCGUAUAUAUACACACACACACGAGCAAGUGCGAUCCACCGGAAGUGUAAACAAUCUGAACGGUAGGCACUGGCACGCCUGGGCGCAUCUUGCCUCGCCUAGUAUCUCGUCCUCGUCGUUAUAGUAAUAAUAAUAGUAGUAGUAGUAGUAAAUAGUACCAGUUGGAAGUUAAGGUUGCGUCGUCGUGCACGGUGCAUGGGCGUUCGCGCGUUCACGAACGGAGGAGGAGGAAGAAGAAGAAGAAAAGAAGAGGAGGAGAGGAGAGCCUCGGCUCGAACAUGACUCGGUCGGCGAUCCUCGUCGUCGUCGUGUGAUGAGACGAGGAGUGCCCGGUGGAGAGGGCAGGGAGUACGACAUCGGUACCGACCUACGAGGAGGAGGAGGAGGAGGAGGAAGAAUAAGAAUAAGAAGUGGAGGAAGGGAAAGGGAUAAAAAGCGAAAGACGGAAAUAGUGGAGGAGAAGGGGUCGCUAAGAUGCGUCGAAGAACUCAGGGCUGCUACAAGCAGCAUUUCUACAAGAACAAUAAGAAGAAAAAUGACCACCCUUACUAUUAUCUCUUGCUGGUCAUAGUACUUUGCUGCCAGCGGUACAACCACGUGCUCGCCGUGACCAGCGAGCUGCCGCCUAGACUCGACAUUCCCGAGUAUUGUUCUUGGGAUUCAAGGCAGGACGGAACUCUUACUUGCAUUCAUCGCUAUCCAAGCAACGAUUCCUUCCGCACUAACUUUUCUCAAGCAACGAGCGAAUACGUGACCUCGGUUAACGUUAUAUGCGAGGACACCGAGCCCGAGUCGAUGUUCGAUCCCGCCCUCGAGGGCGGCGUCCUCAACGUCGACGGUCUUUUACAUUUAUGGCGACUACGUUCGUUAAAAUUAAUCGGUUGCAAGUUAACCCAUUGGCCGGCCAAGAUUCUCGGUGGUUUGAGAGAUUUAAGAAAUCUUACGGUGAGAACGUCGAUCGGACGAAAGACUAAAUAUAGUUUGGAAUUGGAAAGUGGGGCCUUCGAUUCAACACCGCAGAUCGAGAAGAUGGAUCUUUCGUCGAAUAAUAUUUGGCAAAUACCGGAAUAUCUGUUUUGUCCGUUGACGAAUCUUGUAACGCUCAAUGUCUCUUGGAAUACGUUGAAGGAUAUCGCUGAAUUGGGAUUUAGGGAUGUCAACGAGAGAUACUCGAACCGUCAACACGAAUCAACACCCACGCCAUUUCCUUGCUCCCUUGACAUGCAGUCAUUGGAUGCUUCGAACAAUCAAAUAUCCGUACUGCCAGCCUACGGUUUCUCCUCGCUGAAACGUCUAAGGAUUCUCAACCUGUCGAAUAACGCGAUCUCCAUGGUGGCAGACGAAGCGCUUCACGGAUUGAGAUCUCUCGAGACCUUCGAUCUGUCCGGCAACCGAAUAGUAGCUCUACCGACGGAUAUGUUCCGGGACGCUACCAAAUCCCUGAAGGAGUUGAGAUUGCAAAAUAAUUCUAUCAGCGCGCUAUCGCCGGGUCUCGUAGCCGAUAUGAAUCAGCUCGUUGCUCUGGACUUGUCGAGAAACGUAUUGACGAGUACCUGGCUCAAUUCGGCAACCUUCUCGGGCUUGAUUCGUUUGGUUCUCUUGAACCUUUCUCACAAUCGAAUCACCAGGCUCGAUCCGGAACUAUUCAAAGACCUUUACACGUUACAAAUCUUAAAUCUACAGCACAACGAAAUCGAAACGAUACCUGCCGAUACAUUUUCACCUAUGAGCAACCUUCACACCCUCGAACUCACGCACAAUCGGUUGACCUACUUGGACGCUUAUUCCCUCAACGGCUUAUAUGCUCUCUCACUUCUUGCAUUGGAUUCAAAUAUGCUCGAGGGAAUACAUCCUGACGCUUUCAGGAACUGUUCGAGCAUGCAGGAUCUUAAUCUCUCGGGUAACAACUUGGACAACGUGCCGGUCGCGGUAAAGGACAUGCGGAUGCUGAAGACCCUCGAUCUCGGUGAAAAUCAAAUUAGAAGUCUCAGUAAGCCUGGCUUCCGCGGUAUGUCGAGUCUCUACGGGUUGAGAAUGAUCGGGAACGAGAUCACGAAUGUCACGUGCGAGGAUCUUACGGAACUACCGGCCCUGCAAAUCCUAAAUUUGGCCAGAAAUAGAAUCGAGUUCGUUGAGGACGGCGUGUUCUCCGCGAAUCCAGCCUUACAAGCGAUACGACUCGACAGCAACUUAUUGCAGGACGUGUCCUCGAUUUUCGCGGGUGCGCCGGGUCUCCUGUGGCUUAACAUGUCCGACAACAUGAUCGCGAACUUCGACUACAAGUAUUUGCCGGAGAAAUUACAGUGGAUGGAUCUACAUAAGAAUUUUAUCUCGGACCUGGGAAUCGCGCCACCGGGUAUGAGACUGCAAACGCUCGACGUCUCCUUCAACCAACUUACGAGGAUAUAUUCGAGUUCCAUACCGGAUUCCAUCGAGUUGCUCUUCGUCAACGACAAUCUCAUACAUACGGUCGAGCCUCAGACCUUUUUCGGUAAGACCAAUUUGACCCGAGUCGAUCUCUAUGCGAAUCAAAUCGUCAAGAUGAAUCUCUCGGCUCUCCAAUUAACUCAAGUACCCGAAACCCGGCAACUUCCCGAAUUUUACAUCGGUGGUAAUCCGUUUAUAUGCGACUGCACGACCGAAUGGUUGCAGCGAAUCAAUACCUUGUCGUUGAGACAACAUCCCCGAGUGAUGGAUCUCGAGUCGGUUUAUUGCCGAUUACCGUACGAUCGUCGCAAGUCGUUCAUACCGUUGCUCGAGGCGAAACCUUCGCAAUUUCUCUGCACGUACAAGGCACAUUGCUUCGCGCUCUGUCAUUGUUGCGAUUUCGACGCUUGCGAUUGCGAGAUGACGUGCCCAACGAAUUGCACGUGCUACCACGAUCAGUCUUGGUCCGCGAACGUCGUAGAUUGUUCGAGCUCGGGUUACAAAACUCUACCCGGUCGAUUGCCAAUGGAUGCAACGGAAGUCUACCUCGAUGGUAACAACUUUGGCGAGUUAAAUUCCCACUCGUUCAUCGGCCGUAAGAAUCUCGAGAUAUUGUACGCGAACGACAGCAACAUAAUCGCGAUCCGUAACCACACGUUCAGCGGACUGAAGAGAUUGCUGGUGCUCCAUCUGGAAAACAACAAGAUAAGCGUGCUCAACGGCGUUGAAUUGAUGCCGUUGGAGAAUCUAAAGGAACUCUACCUGCAGAACAACCUUCUAACGUAUAUCGACAACGGUACGUUCCUGCCGUUACGUCAGUUGGAAGUCCUCAGAUUGGAAAGGAAUCGUCUCGGUACAUUUGCCCUGUGGCAACUCGGUCAGAAUCCCUAUCUCGUGGACGUAGGUUUAUCGAGCAAUCCCUGGAGCUGCGAGUGUUCUUAUUUGGAGCGUGCUCGCGAGUGGAUGUCACGGAAUCGCGAGAAGAUCGUCGACUGGCCGAGCGUUAGCUGUUCUCUCGGUAUACCGAUUACAUUGCCGGCGAACGGAUCGGCCGUAAAUUGCGCGGCAUUAACCGGCGGUGGGACUAACACGGCGAUCGAGACCCGACCGCUCGAGGCUUAUCUGCCCCUAUUACUGGCCAGCGCUUUGUUGAUCUUCGCCAUGGUGGCUUUAGUCUGCGGGGCUUUCAGACACCGGCGUACUCUGAGGACAUGGGCUGCCAGUAGAUGCGGACUACGUGCUUGUUACAAGACCGCGGCUUUCGAGGAUCAGGAGAAGCCCUUCGACGCGUAUAUCUCCUAUUCGGCGGUGGACGAGGCCUUCGUCUCGACGAUACUCGUGCCCGGUCUCGAGAGCUCUUAUCGAUUGUGCCUACACUAUCGAGAUCUCGGUGCUGGGAGCAACGUCGCCGAUGCCGUCGCCGAGGCAGCCGACUCCUCGCGGCGCACCAUUCUCGUAUUAUCGAAGAACUUUUUGCGCGGCGAGUGGGCGAGAUUCGAAUUCAAGGCGGCCCUGAGGGACGCCCUCAAAGGGAAGGGUCGCUCGGUGAUAUUACUCCUCGUGGGCGGUGUUUGCCAGCGCGAUCUCGACGCCGAUCUCAAAAAGAGAAUCUCCUCGCACACCGUCCUGGUAUGGGGAGACAAGAUGUUUUGGGAGAAGCUAAGGUUCGCCAUGCCGGACGUCUCUUUGCUUUCUGUUUUGGAGAGACCCCUGCCGUUACCGCCCCCGCCCCCGCCGCCGCCCCUACCACUGCCACACAUACUGCCCUCGGCGCACCAUCAAUGGACGUAGACCCGUCGCCGCCACCGUUGCCGCCACCGUUGCCGCCACCACCGUCGUCCUCCUUCUCUUAGAUGUGAAAUGUUGCCAGAAGUAUUAUCACAAUACUACCGUAUCCCGAGAGUAAUUGGAAAUCGCAGCAACGGGGAAAGGAGCUUCUGUGUCGCGUCGUUCCUCGCAUCAUCGAAUCCCAAGGUCCCAAGAUUUGCGAUCUAACUUAAAUUUUCCUAACUCUCUCUCUCUCUCUCUCUUUCUCUAUCUAUCUAUCUAUCUAUCUAUCUAUCUCUACUUAUUAUCAACAAAAAAUAUUUCUCUCACGACUAAUCCACAAUUAUAUUCCCCUAUUCCGAGAUAAGAUUUAAAAGAAAAAAAAAAAAUAAAGAGUAAAAAUAAGAAUAGAAAAAAAAAGUAAAAACAAAAAAAAACAACAUACACGGUGUGUCAAGCAAAGAAAAGAAAAGAAAAGGAAAAAAAAAAAGUAAACAACCACGUAAACUAAAGUUAAACGACUUAUUCGUAUUUUUUGAGAAUCGUGAUAUAGCUUCAGUAGUUGCGCAACAAAAAAAAAAAAAAAAGGUGUAAUUAGAGCGAAAAAGUAAAAAAGAAAAAGAAAAAGAAAAAAAAAAAAUUAAUAAAAAUAAAGCAUUAUACAAAUAAAUAAUAAAGUAAAAUAAAAUAAAUGCAAGCCCACGAUUGUAUCGCGAGGAGCAAUAAGCCCCGCGCGCUACCUUGCACCCUUGUAUUUGCAACGAAAAUAACAUUUUUCUCUCUCUCUCUCUCUCUCUCUUUCUACUUGAUGAACAUAGUUUAAUCAAUCGAUCGAUUAUUCAUUAUUACGUAAAACAAAAAGAAAAAAAAGUUAAUAAAUAAAUAAAAAACAGGUUCACUCUUCGACAAGUAAUGUGUAACGACUCGUUUAACAAAUAAAAAACUCGAAACGGUGAUUUAAUGUAAAUAGUACACGGUUUUGUAUAUUUGUAAUAUAGAUAGGGCAUUUUAUUAUAAACAAUAAAGUUAUUUAUAUAUAUUUUAAUCA